UUGGACAGAGGAGAGAGAGAUCGCUGUAUCUGUCAAUCUUUGUUUUCUCCGAUUCAUCUCUUAGAAAAUGGCCGAGGCCUCUCCUAAAUCCGUCUACGACUUCACCGUCAAGGACAUCGGAGGUAACGAUGUGAGUCUGAGUGAUUACAAAGGGAAGGUUCUUCUGGUCGUAAACGUUGCCUCCAAAUGUGGUCUGACUGGUUCUAACUACAAGGAACUGAAUGUUCUGUACGACAAGUACAAGGAACAAGGGUUGGAGAUAUUAGCAUUUCCAUGCAACCAGUUCUUAGGGCAAGAGCCAGGCACCAACGAAGAGAUUCAGCAAACUGUCUGCACCAAAUUCAAAGCCGAGUUUCCCAUCUUCGACAAGGUAGAUGUGAAUGGGAAGAACACAGCGCCACUGUACAAGUUUCUGAAGGCGGAGAAAGGAGGAGUGCUGAUAGCCGCUCUCAAGUGGAACUUCACAAAGUUUUUGGUCGACAGAAAUGGCAAAGUUGUCGACCGAUUCUCUCCCAGGACUCCUCCCCUCGACCUCGAGAAAGACAUUCAGAAACUGCUGGGAGAGGGUUCCUCUUGAUCAUGGUGCCGAGUGGAAAUAGAUUCGCCGUUUUGCAGGUAUCGGUUAGACAGCAGAACGGCCAAAAUCACAAUGAACCCCUCUGUUGUCAUAAUUUUUCUUUGUUGCUGCUGCUAUAUCGUCACAUGUCGGAUUCCUUUGUAACCAUAUUUAAGAUGGAUUUCUAAAUUGAUUAUGCCCUAUUCUACAA